GUGAGUACCACGCGGUACUACAGAGACCGGCUGCCCGUGUGCCUGGCAGGUGGAGCCGCCCGCAUCAGCGGCCUCGGGGAAUGGAAGCGGAGAACGCGGGCAGCUACUCCCUUCAGCAAGCUCAAGCUUUUUAUACGUUUCCAUUUCAACAACGGAUGGCUGAAGCUCCUAAUAUGGCAGUUGUGAAUGAACAGCAAAUGCCAGAAGAAGUUCCAGCCCCAGCUCCUGCUCAGGAACCAGUGCAAGAGGCUCCAAAAGGAAGAAAAAGAAAACUCAGAACAACAGAACCAAAACAACCAGUGGAACCCAAAAAACCUGUUGAGUCAAAAAAAUCUGGCAAGUCUGCAAAAUCAAAAGAAAAGCAAGAAAAAAUUACAGACACAUUUAAAGUAAAAAGAAAAGUAGACCGUUUUAAUGGUGUUUCAGAAGCUGAACUUCUGACCAAGACUCUCCCCGAUAUUUUGACCUUCAAUCUGGACAUUGUCAUUAUUGGCAUAAACCCGGGUCUAAUGGCUGCUUACAAAGGGCAUCAUUACCCUGGACCUGGAAACCAUUUUUGGAAGUGUUUGUUUAUGUCAGGGCUCAGUGAGGUCCAGCUGAACCAUAUGGAUGAUCACACUCUACCAGGGAAGUAUGGUAUUGGAUUUACCAACAUGGUGGAAAGGACCACGCCUGGCAGCAAACAUCUCUCCAGUAAAGAAUUUCGUGAAGGAGGACGUAUUCUAGUACAGAAAUUAUAGAAAUAUCAGCCACGAAUAGCAGCGUUUAAUGGAAAAUGUAUUUAUGAAAUUUUUAGUAAAGAAGUUUUUGGUGUAAAGGUUAAGAACUUGGAAUUUGGGCUUCAGCCCCAUAAGAUUCCAGACACAGAAACUCUCUGCUAUGUUAUGCCAUCAUCCAGUGCAAGAUGUGCUCAGUUUCCUCGAGCCCAAGACAAAGUUCAUUACUACAUAAAACUGAAAGACUUAAGAGAUCAGUUGAAAGGCAUUGAACGAAAUACGGACGUUCAAGAGGUGCAAUAUACAUUUGACCUACAGCUUGCCCAAGAAGAUGCAAAGAAGAUGGCUGUUAAGGAAGAAAAAUAUGAUCUGGGUUAUGAGGCAGCAUAUGGUGGUGCUUACAGAGAAAAUCCAUGCGACAGUGAACCUUGCAGCUUCUCUUCAAAUGGGCUAAUUGAGAGCCUGGAGUUAAGAGGAGAAUCAACUUUCAGUGGCAUUCCUAAUGGGCAGUGGAUGACCCAGUCAUUUACAGACCAAAUUCCUUCCUUUAAUAAUCACUGUGGAACACAAGAACAGGAAGAAGAAAGCCAUGCUUAAGAACGGUGCUUCUCAGCUCUGCUUAAAUGCUGCAGUUUUAAUGCAGUUGUCAACAAGUGGAACCUCAGCUUGCUAACUGAAGUGUUUUAUUAGUAUUUUACUCUAGUGGUGUAAUUGUAAUGUAGAACAGUUGUGUGGUAGUGUGAACCGUAUGAACCUAAGUAGUUUGGAAGAAAAAGUAGGGUUGUUGUAUACUAGCUUUUGUAUUUGAAUUAAUCAUCAUUCCAGCUUUUUAUAUACUAUGUUUCAUUUAUG